GGACCUCAACAAAGAGAAGAAAAUUGAUUCAGAUUCUGCCAGGAUCUGGGGUUCAAAAUGGAUUCUCUUACACGUGGUAUUGAGCGCGCAUGCGCAUUAGAUCUACAUCCAGGAAUAGGGGUGUGUCUGCAAGUUCAAUAAUGGCUACUUAAAUAGCUAGCUUCUUUAGCAGCUCUUUCUAACUCUUGUAGCUAACAAAAAGCUAGCGCUUAAGUGCAAGGCUAACUUAUAAGUUGAAUAGAAAGUUUGUGCGAACUGAUGAUGCUAUGAAGGAUUCUGAAGAGACUGCAACAGCCUUCAAUAUGCAAUUAACGAAGACAAUGGCUGUAGAUCCACAAGCUUUCGAGCAGUUCACUCUGAGACAAGUUCGCAUCACUGAGAAUGAGUUUGGACGAGGUUCCUACGCUGUUGUCAUGGAGCUAGAGUAUCGAGGACUGAAAUGUGCCGGCAAGAAGCUUCACCGAGUUCUCUACGAGACUGGAAUCGGGCAUGCAGCACGAAGGUAUCUGGAGGAGUGUCGCCUGCUCAGUCAAACUAGGCACCCCAACAUUGUCCAGUUUCUGGGAGUCUGUUUUGAGGAAGGCUCUCAGUUCCCCAUCCUAGUCAUGGAGUUCCUCCCCACCAACUUGACCAGCUGUCUCGAGCGCUACGGUAUUCUCCCCGAUGAGAUCAACUUCUCCAUCCUCCAUGACGUCUCACUGGGCCUGGUCUACCUCCAUGGCCAAACACCAGUCAUUGUGCACAGAGACCUCUCAGCCAACAAUGUCCUCUUGUCCACCAACAUGACGGCCAAGAUAUCCGAUCUAGGGGUUGCUCGAAUAUUGAACCUGACCCCGAGUCGAAUGACGGAGACCCCUGGCACCCAAGCGUACAUGCCCCCCGAAGCGAUGAUUGCCAACCCCCACUAUGACACCAGUGUGGAUGUGUUCUCCUUUGGGGUCAUGAUGAUUCACACCUUCACAGCACAGUGGCCAAAACUAAAUAUCGGCCCCAACAGAAUCGAUCCUACCAAUCCCAAUGGUCUGAUACCAGUGACGGAAGCUGAACGACGCGAAGAGUUUCUUCAAAAAAUUCCCCCAGAACACCCUCUGAUGGACCUCAUCAUGCGCUGUCUCAGCAACAACCCUCAGCAAAGGCCUAGAGCAGCGGAGAUAGUGGGUCGGAUGGUGGGUGUGGCACUUGAACACCCUCCCUCCUUUGAGAACAGAGUGGAGAUGCUCCAGCGAGUGAGUGCCCUACUGACAGAGAAGAGGGAGCUUGAGGAGGAGGUUGUGAGGAAGGACUCGGCAAUCCAGGAGAAAGUAGGAGAGAACGAGGCACUGGCGGAGGAGAAAAGACGACAAGAAGAAGAAAGUGAAAACACUGUCGAGCGUAUGCAGUUGGUGCACUCUGUGGAAACUGAUCAGUUUAAAUUGGAAAACGAAGAUCUUAAAGGUCAACUCGAAGCUAAAGAGACUAUUGUUAACACGAAAGAUGAAUUUAUUAUUUCAAGAAAUGCUAGGAUAGUGGAAUUAGAAACUCGAUGUAAGCAACUCACUGAAGAGGUGGAGCAACAAAUUGCCAACGUCAACUACACUCAAAACGAGCUUGUAUCUAAAGCUACGAAAAUAGCUCAACUGGAAACAAAUCUGGAACAGGAGCAAGCUUGUUUAGCUGACAAAAACUCUAUUAUUGCUCACAAAAAUUUGACUAUUGCUGACAAUCAAAACGAACUGGUAUCAAAUGCUCUGAAAAUUACUCAACUGGAAACAAAUGUCACCAAUCUCACUGCACAAGUGGAACAAGAGCAAGCUUUUUUAGCUGACAUUAUUGCUCACAGAGAAUCGAUGCUUGCCUCCAAGGACACUUCCCUUCAGAAGAAUAAAACCACCAUUCAGAGUUUAAACAACCGACUCACCAAAACUAGAGACUACCUGACCAGCAAACCACAGUACCUACAGGUUCAGUUGUCCUGCAGUCAGUGCUCUGAGGCUCCAGUUAAGAUGUUUGGUGGACUAGCGGUAACCAUCAAUGGCAAGGUCUAUUAUGGUGGAGGAGUCUGUGAUGACGAUGAUGACGAGUACUGUGUCCACUGUUACGAUUCGCUACAAGACGUCUGGUCAACUCUGCCCAGACUUCCUGUAUGCUAUUUUGAUCUAGGAGAGGUAAACGGUCAACUGGUAGUAGUUGGUGGUAAGGAUUCAUCCGGCUCUAGAUCCAAUGUGGUACAUGUGUUUAACAAAGGAAGGAACUGGAAACAGACGAUCCCACCCAUGCCCACAGCGAGGAUUUCACCAGCAGUCGUUAGUCUCCCAACACAUCUUGUCGUAGCAGGAGGUGUGGUCUCUGGUGACUACACUGAUAAUGUUGAGAUCUACAACAUCAGCACCUCCCAGUGGAGCGAGACAGACAGACUACCGUAUGCUUGUUGUGACCAAAGAGGAAUUGUCUACAACAACACAGUGUACCUAAUGGGGGGGGGAUCUGACGGUAAGCAUCUAAACAAGGUGUUAGCUGCUCAAGUUGACAAGCUCAUCUCAGCAGAGCGACAGGAUGAUGGGAGUGCCAACAAAGCCGACUCGGUCUGGAAUACAAUAUCCAACACACCGUCUUAUUACCCCUCCCCUGUAACGAUAUCCGACACCCUCUUUACUAUUGGUGGAAAAGAUAGUGGUGAAGCCACUCAAAGGAUCUACGCCUACUCAACCUCGAUGGACUCCUGGCUCUAUGUUGAUGAUCUACCAUCUCCUAUAGCAUACGCUGCCACUGUGUCACUGUCUCCAACACAGUGCCUUAUGAUUGGGGGACGUAACAAUGAAGGACAAAAACAAUCUACCGUCUAUAAAAUUAGUAACGCAGGCGCAGCAACUAUUUUGGCUUAAGAUUAAUGUUCAAGGAUAAAAAUUGUCUUAAAAGAUUGAUGAAAUGUUUACAUUGCAUGAACAGAAGCACGUUAAUUGUGACAAUCGGCUUCAUGCAGUAGUCUCAUGAAUCCUCCGCCACGUACAGAGAGUCCGGCUGAUCAUGAGACUAGGGCUUCAGCAGAUUGCAAAGUCAUUAUACCCAUUUUGAUCUACAUUACCCAUUGAACUACAUAAUUAUAUAUACUUGCAUGCUGAC